CAGGCUGAGGAAGCCAUGGGUGAGACACAGGCACUGCCGCUGCUGCUGGCUCUCCUCCUCUCUCCUUCCCUGCUUCACAUCAACUGCAGACAUGUGGGCACAGCUAAGGAAACUCCUGCAUUAGCUCGUGGGACGCGGAGUCUGAGAGACAAAUACAAAGACCUGUUCAAAGUCAUAGAGACUGAGAGAUACUCUGACGACAAUGUGGAAGUGGAGACUACAUUCAUAACUGCUUGUGUAGGUCUGGAAGCUGAGGUGAAAGCAUUGAAGGGACGCGUGGAAGAGGUGAAAGCCCAAAAUAAAGACCUGGACAAUAAGAAUUUUGACCUGAAGAAAAAGCUGAGGGAUGAGCAGGAGAGAAACAGACAGACUGGUUACGAGGCAUUACUGAGAGUGGCUGAAAUGCAGUUGAAAGUGAGUGGUUGGAUUGACCAGAUGGGCCCCAAGACAGUCAAAAUAUCUAAGUUAACUCUACAGGUCAUGUCCAAGUACCUUGACUACAAAAACCUGGAAAUGAAAAUUGGAAAAACUGAGGACUCCAGUAAACUUUCUGCCAUGAGGAAGGAGCUGGAGCAGAAGAAGAGGGAGCUGACCCAGGCGGAGCAGGAGCUCAUGGCCUCAGGAAGGGCCUCAAACCUGGUUAUUCAAAUUGUCACUUUGCAGAAGAAGAUUCAUGAGCUGGAGAGCAAAGGCAGUGAUGAUGAGAGCAUAUUGAAGCAAAUAGCUGAUCUGAAGAAAGAGCUUGAGGAGAAAACUGCAGAACUUACGAGCAGCGGGGGCAGUGAUGUUAGCACUGUGUUAAUUAUUCAAAUUGUCACUUUGCAGAAGAAGAUUCAUGAGCUGGAGAGCAAAGGCAGUGAUGAUGAGAGCAUAUUGAAGCAAAUAGCUGAUCUGAAGAAAGAGCUUGUGGAGAAAACUGCAGAACUUACGAGCAGCGGGGGCAGUGAUGUUAGCACUGUGUUAAUUCCACAAAUUGUUGCAUCCCAAGAUGAUAUCCUGGAACUCUACAACAAGAUAAAGACUUUAAAGACUCAAUCUAAGGACAAAAUUGCAGGUUAG